ACCACUACCUUCAUCUGUUGGAAUAAAAUUGUGAUGUGAGGUCCAAACAUUGAGGAAUCUUAAUGGUUUAGGUCAACUGAACCUAUCUGUUAAGCACCUUAGGAGAAUUGGUUUGUGAUGAGAAGUAGUUUUACUAAGGUGAAAAGAGCUGAUAUCAUUAAAAAUCUGGUUGCAAUGGGAAUUUGUAAGGAUCCUGUCCAGCCUUCUCCGUAACCUUCCCUUGCAUCUGAUACCUAACCAGGUAUAAAUUCCACCACUGAAAGGGGAGGAGGUCAGUUCACAAUUCUGAAUGCAAUCUCCAAAUUCUUCCAGGUCUUUUGAGUUAGGGUCAGCACUCCCUUUGUGCUCAUUGAAAUGUAGGAUUGUGUUGAAGUCACCCCCCACCACCCAAGGAUGGUCAACAGAGCUUAAUUUAAUAAGAUCCUCCCAAAGUUGUCUUCUAUGUGAUGUACUGUGGCCACCAUAAACUGCUGUGAUGCUGAAUUUUGAUUUGAUAUUGGAGCUCCAGAAUUCACAGCUCAAGCAUUGGUUAUCUUUAUUAAAACCCUGUAGGGAAAGUGAGCUUGAUUUCCAGAAAAUCCAUAUUUUGUUGUAAAGCCCAUCUUUGGAGAAGUUGAAACCAAGGUUGAGUGAAUGCCAUUCCCUUUUUUUCCUGUUAACAAUAGGUUCAAUGAAGCACAAAUAAUCAACUUUAUAUAAAUUUACUAGAUAUUUCAGCCUAUUUAGAGAAGAGGCUGCUCCACAAACAUUCCAAAAUAAACAAUUCAUAAUAAUUUUUUGGAGUGUCCUUCAGUAGCCCUUGUUUUACUUCUGGUCAUGAUAGUCCUGAGUGAUGGUAGUUUUCCCUUCUUGUGAGAUUUAGGGAUGGCAAGGGAGGGAGAGUUUUCUUUAGGGAAAGGUAUUUCAAAGGGUUGGAGUUCUAAGUUGAUCCAAAAAGUUGGUUCCUUUUCCCCUUCAGAGUGACAAACAGCCUCAGGGAGUUCAUCAUCUCCUUCACUACCUAUACCCAUUCCAUCUGCAAUCCCUUCUUGAGGAUCUAUCAGAUACAAGUCAUCCUUUGAGCCCAUGUCCUGUAUUUUUGUUUUGUGGAUAGUAUCUGAUAAACUUUGAAUCUUCCCUUGAAUGUGAUAGUUAAUUGUUUCCUUACUUGCUGUUUUCAGGAAUAUUUUUGAAGCAAAGGAUUUAGCAGCUGAGAAGGAAGGAAAGUGUUCCUGUACAUUGAAUAGGGAAUUUAGGCCCCACUUUUGAUUCUGGUCACAUUCAUCUGGUAAAUGGCUUUGAAAGUUAGCUGAAUCUAUAAGAGGGGUGUGUAGAGGAUGAGAUCUCUGGGGCCAAUUCUAAUGUGAACCUGUGGAGGAAGAGGCCUAGAAAUGUCCAUCUCAAUCCAGCACCUAGCUUCUUUAGUGCGAAUCAGAUGGGCUGUUCUAGAGUCCAUGAUACAUGGUUUCCCCAAGGAUAUCAUUGUUGGAAAGUCUGCGAAGUUUGAAUCCUCCUUGGAAUCCUAUGCCAACAAGGAACUCUUUGAUUGUCAGCAAGUUGAGGUGCCUGCUAGCUCUGCCUACCAGGGCAUAUUGAAGAUUCUCACAGAGUUGUCUUUCUUCUUCCAAUGUGAAUGCAGCAGAUGGGUUCAUGCCGAGUCUUCUUUAUUGGCUGGAGCUCUGCGGUACUUUCAACAAAAUGGAAAUUUCAACGCCUCCACUGAUCAACAAAAUAGAAAUUUCAACGCCUCCACUGAUCAACAAAAUGGAAAUUUCACCAUGUACAGGUUUGCGGGUACAAUCCGUUGGAUUUUAAUUUUUAGGUCAGACUCUAGGUCGUGUUUUGAGCUAAGGCAAUUGCGUUUUACUGUCUUGUUUUUUGUUGUGUUUUGAAGGGAACAUUGCUUACAGAUUCCAAGAUAUCACUUUCUUCAAUGGGUCUAUGGAACUAAUGGCCGUCCCUAAAAAGAAGCUUCAUCCUCUAACAACUUUCUUAACAUGACAAUUAAUUUUGAACACGCUAAAAGUACCAUUACAUAACCUUUUCAAAUUGCUAAAGCAGGUUACUCGUCACAAGAGUUACUCCAAAGCUAUUGCCAACGAAUCGCAGGUUAGCCGUCACGAGAGGGGGGAUACCAAAUGGACCAAAGGCAUUGAAACCUCAACCCCUGAUAAUCCGCUGCACGGUGAAAGUACCACACUUCUGUUGUGGCGGGAGUCGGCAAGACGCAGCGCAGUAGAGGGAGAGGAUGAUGAAAUGACGGAGUAGAUAUGCACUUUUCAUUGCUGAACAAGCACUUUGAGUGAAGCAUUAGCAAACAGUUCAAAGUCUGAUUUUUUUAAAAUAUUAAAACUACACUUUUUCUUUGAAGAUUUGCCAUUGGUGUUGUGUUCAAAUGGUUUGUAUAGUCGAAAAAUCUUCAAAGUUCUGGGUAGGGAUUUUAGUUCUUACUUAGGGGAUUGGACCUGAUUUUGGGUUUGGCUUUGGGUUAGGUUCUAGGUUGACUUUUAACUUUAGUGUUUGACAAUCAAAUUUGCGUUAGGUUUGCGGGUACAAUCCGUUGGGUUUUAAUUUUUAGGAAUAUUUUUGAAGCAAAGGAUUUAGCAGCUGAGAAGGAAGGAAAGUGUUCCUGUACAUUGAAUAGGGAAUUUAGGCCCCACUUUUGAUUCUGGUCACAUUCAUCUGGAUAUCAUUGUUGGAAAGUCUGCGAAGUUUGAAUCCUCCUUUGAAUCCUAUGCCAACAAGGAACUCUUUGAUUGUCAGCAAGUUGAGGUGCCUGCUAGCUCUGCCUACCAGUGCAUAUUGAAGAUUCUCACAGAGUUAUCUUUCUUCUUCCAAAGUGAAUGCAGCAGAUGGCAUGUUUUUAAACAAUCCUUCCACUUUUCCCAAGUGAUUGUUUCCAUCUGUGAAAAGUUCAGAGAAUAGUUUCUGUGUACCUGUUGAUGAAGAAUAUGAUGAAUGAUUAUGAGGGAGCUUGAGAUUUUUCGUGUUAUAGGAACAUUGCUUACAGAUUCCAAGAUAUCACUUUCUUCAAUGGGUCUAUGGAACUAAUGGCCGUCCCUAAAAAGAAGCUUCAUCCUGUAACAACUUCCUUAACAUGACAAUUAAUUUUGAACACGCUGAAAGUACCAUUACAUAACCUUUUCAAAUUGCUAAAGCAGGUUACUCGUCACAAGAGUUACUCCAAAGCUAUUGCCAAUGAAUCGCAGGUUAGUCG